UUAAAAUCUGAUGCAAACAAGAGCGCAGCUGGGUGGCAAAUUGAGAGCAUAUAAUGAUAACAAGUGGCACCCUUUUGUUCACUUAAUUUCAAAUUUUUUUUCUCUCUCUCUCUAUCUCUCUUUAUAUAUAUAUAUAUAUAUAUUAUAUAUAUAAAGAAGAAAAAUUUCUAACUUCCUCUUUAAAUGAUUUGUCUCAUACGGCCACACUCUUUCUCUCACUUCAAACACAUGCUUGUCCUUUGUCUAAACUACCAAGGCUAAUUUUGUCCAUUCCUUCCCAAACUUUUUCUUCUUAUUCGUUGACCCUUCUUAACCCGACGGCGGACGCAACGGCGCCGGCCUCGUACUCACCCUUCCCUCUCUCUCUCUCUGUAUAUAUAUAUAUAUUUAUAUUUAUAUAUUUCUAUAUAAAUAGAUAUAUAGAUAUAUAGAUAUCUAUAUACAUAAAUGAGUGUAUCUAGGCCUCCCUCCCUCUUUAUAAGAAGCAUAAACAUUCCCUUGUAUUGAGAGAGGUGCAAGAGAGAGAGAGAGAGAGAGAGAGAGAGAGAGAGAGAAAGAGAGGAAAGAGAAGGAGAGGAUGAUGGAGAUAUGGUGGAAAUAUGUGAUAGCAUUUGUGGGAGUGAGUAUGAGCAUAGUGGUGGGAAUGAAAGUGUUGAACUUGGUAUGGUGGAAGCCAAAGAGACUUGAAGAACACUUUGCAAGGCAAGGAAUCAGAGGACCUCCAUACAAGUUUUUUCUUGGAAAUGUCAAAGAGAUGGUUGGUUACAUGUUGGAAGCCUCCUCAAAACCCAUGGAUCCUCACAACUCCCACAACAUCCUUCCCAGAGUCCUUUCCUUCUACCACCAUUGGAAGAAGAUCUAUGGUUCUACAUUUUUGCUGUGGUUCGGUCCGACAGCGAGACUGACUGUGGCCGACCCGGACCUCAUCCGAGAGAUCUUCGUCUCGCGCGCGGACUGCUUCGAUCGGUACGAGUCUCACCCGUUGGUUCGGCAGCUGGAAGGCGAUGGACUUGUCAGCCUCCGCGGCGCUAAGUGGGCUCACCACCGCAAAGUCCUCACUCCCACUUUCCACAUGGAAAACCUCAAAUUGUUGAUACCUUACAUUGGGAAGACGGUGGUCGGAAUGGUGGACAAAUGGCUGGCGAUACCCAGUACAUCCGGGGAGGUGGAGAUUGAUGUGUCCGAGUGGUUCCAGACUGUGACUGAAGAUGCCAUCACCCGCACGGCCUUUGGCCGGAGCUAUGACGAUGGGAAGGCCGUGUUCCAACUCCAAUCCCGGCAAAUGGUCUUCGCCGCCGAGGCUUUUCGCAAAGUCUUCAUCCCUGGCUACCGUUUCUUGCCGACAAAAAGGAACACCAGGUCUUGGAGACUUGAUAAAGAGAUCAAGAAGGAUCUUGGUGGUCUUAUUGAGAAGAGGAAGGCGAAGAGGAGGUGUGAGAAUGGUGGUGGUGGUGAUGUUGAUGAUGAUGAGGUUUGCCCAAAGGAUUUGCUUGGGCAGAUGAUCAAUGCGAGAGAUGGCAUCACCGACCAUGAUAUCGUGGAGGAGUGCAAGACUUUCUUCUUCGCGGGUAAGCAGACCACCUCCAACCUGCUGACGUGGACCACCGUGCUUCUCGCCAUGCAUCCCGAUUGGCAGGAUCUCGCCCGCCAAGAAGUCCUCCGCGUCUGCGGCUCACGUGACAUCCCCACCCGCGAUCACCUCUCCAAGCUCAAAACGUUGGGGUUGAUACUGAACGAGACGCUGAGGUUGUACCCGCCGGCGGUGGCGACGAUAAGGAGGGCGAAAGCUGACGUGGAACUGGGAGGGUGCAAGAUACCGCGUGGGACCGAGUUGCUGAUCCCGAUCAUAGCCGUUCAUCAUGACACGAAACUGUGGGGCCCGGAUGCGGCCCGAUUCAACCCGGGGCGGUUCAGUGAGGGGGCCAGGGCGGCCCAGCACCCGACGGCCUUUAUACCAUUUGGGCUGGGGGCCCGUAUGUGCAUCGGAAAAAACCUGGCCCUUUUGGAAGCUAAGCUCACCGUGGCCAUCAUACUUCAACGGUUCUCGUUUCGCCUCGCGCCUACCUACGUUCACGCACCGACGGUCCUGAUGCUUCUAUACCCGCAGUACGGUGCGCCUGUCAUCUUCCGGCCAUUAUCAUCAUCAUCAUCACCACCGUCCAUCUUAUGAUGAUUAGGAAAAAAGAAAAACAACAUCCCAAAAAGAAAAGCAAAGGAUAAAAAAGAGGAAGCGAAAAGAAGUUCUAAUUUGUUUUGUUUUUUUGGAGUCAUAGGAUUUUGAGAAUCUCAAGCUCACUGAUCAAAUGAUUGCUAACUCUUUGUUCUUUGUACCUUCAUCUCCUUCUUUCUUUGGGUGCAUAAACCCCCCCUGGUGAAAAUGUCUAAAAUACCCUUCAUCAUCAUCAUCAUCAUCAACAUCC